GCUGGUGGACCUUUCAGUCAAACGAUUAAGCCAUUAUGUGCUUUGAAAAUCAGUUAAAGUAAUACAAUUAAAAACAACUUCAGCACCAAGGACAGCGAGGAGCAGGUUUUGCUGCGCCGGGGAGCAGGGAUGGCGAGAGUCUGGGGAUGGAAUGGGAGGAGAGAGAGUUGGUGAAUGAGCGUGCUGUGAGUAACAGUGAUUUUCAGAGUGGAUAGAGAGAGCGUUGGCUGGGAUUAGGCCUGUGCUGCAGGUUGGACAGGAUUACGGAGCGCAGAGGAGCGCUUCUCCGCACGGCUCUGCUCCGUCUCCCGGCCCGAUUCAUCCCCCGAUUCAUCCCCAGUCCUGGAGGUAGACUAGCUGCAUGGAAACAUGGCCGACGUCCCUCAGAUCGUCAAAAUUGGGAUUUCCAUGAAGAUGCUCCCCAACAACACGGCGGUGUUCUUCAAGUCGGAUGGUGCCCGCUUCGGACAGACGCGCACCAUCAAGCUGCUGACCGGCUCCAAGUACAAAAUCGAGGUGGUCGUAAAGCCAGGAGCAGUCCAAGCCACGUCAAUGAGUGUGGGUGGGGUGACAUUCCCACUGGAGCAGCAGUCCAAAGACCCCCAGUCUGCGGUCUACACGGGCCUCUAUGACACAGAGGGGGUGGCGCACACAAAGAGCGGGGAGAGGCAGCCAGUUCAAAUCAACAUCCAGUUCACAGAGGCGGGAAUGUUUGAAACGGUGUGGCAGGUGAAGUACUACAACUACAACAAGAGGGACCACUGCCAGUGGGGGAACAGCUUCAACAGCAUCGAGUACGAAUGCAAACCCAACGACACGCGCACGCUCAUGUGGGUCAACAAGGAGCAGUUCGUCUGACGAAACACCUGCUGUGCUCGCAUAUCUUCUCACUCCUCUGCUCGUCCGGUUAAAGAAAAUGAACCCUUCUCUUCCUCUAUGCUGUGAAAGAUAGCCUCUGUUCUUCUGUUAAAAGCAGCCUUGCUGCCAGUCCUCACCGAGGUCCAGUUUGUUUACACCAAUAUGAGAAAAUAACCACGGUUCUUUUCCAAAGUUAAAAGAAAACCCUUCUUAUAUUUGGAUUAUGUCUUUGAUAGAAUAGACAUUAUAUUUUUUCACCUACAGUCCUGUAUCCCUCCAGUGUUGUAAGAUUUAUGUGUAUGUACCGUACUGUAGGUGUGUGUGUUUUACGGAUGGUGCUUAUACAAAUGUGUUUUUCUGCUUAUUUGGAAACUAUGUGCAAACAGAGAGUUUCAUUUCAAAAGCUAAUAACUGCAAAAAAAUGGAAAGAAGACAUGCAAAUGUCCCAUAUGCUUUCCUUUGUUACCUUGCUGUGGUGUCUAAAGCUGAAAAGGGUGACCUUUGUUUCCCCCCCUCUAUUUGAAUCAGUUGUUAUCAAGUUUAGUACUUUUCGACUUUAUAUCCCAACAACAGCAUCACCAUCAGGCCAGGUUUAUGUAUGCAGUGCCAAGUCUUAACGCACAUUAGUGUUUAUGAUGACAAAGAGACAAGCCCGUCAGUUCCCCCUCACAGUUCCUGUUCUAAUCAUCAAAAGAAUCCUCACAGCAUUGUUACCUCAUCUAAAAACUGUUUAGUCACUCUUGACUGUUGCUCUGCAGGCCAGUUUUAGUGACGUUUGGAGGAUAAAUCUUUUCUCUAAAGUAUUAGUCAGCUCAUGUUAUUUUGCAGUAAGAUGGUUUCUCACCUGCUCUGAAACAGCAACAAGAAUUUAUUUAAAAUAUUGUCCAGCUUUGUGCCAUCAAGAUGGAUGUAAAGAACCUUUGCAGUGAAACUCUCUGUGCUGGUGUGUGGUUCGUUACGAUUCUGUGAAGAGUGAAAUCCAGCUAUUUGGGUGGAGUUGUGCCCAUCUUCAGCUCCUUUGUCCUCUACCUCUUCUGAAGGAUGUGUGUAUCUUUGACUUUAAUGAGAGGAAGUGAUGUAUUUGGAGUUUUCUGAGCCUAAACUGUCAGUGAUUUAUCUAACAACUGUCUGUUUUGUUGCGAUAAAUUAUAUUUACAAAAUUGUAUUUUUGUACAGUGAAGUGUUGUAAAAAUAUUUGAAAAUGUGUGUAUUUUGAUAGAAAAUUUUAAAUUGACCUAUGCAAGAUGUUAGGGCAGCAAAAUGACAGUGAAAUCGACUCUCAAUAUCAGUCUUACGUUUUUGUAAAAUGUGUGAUUGUUUAUCAUGUUAUUGAAAAUUAAAUGAAAAUGAAAAACAUUUUGUGGUAGUCCU